AAAUAGUCCGAUCACACAAUGUCGAUACCGUAGGAAAAAGAACGCCCGGCGCGGGAUGCCACCGCCCACCGGCACCUAUAAAUACAAUCUUCAUCCACAUGUUGAGCCACACACAUACAGCGCUAAGCACUAAAAUCUACUGUUUCUUGCUUCUGGACUCCAGAAGCAAAAACAGUAGAUUUUAGCGAUUCCUUUGGCAUAGCAUCCUAUUGGCGCUACAAAAUCUGCAUCCAGUUCACACAAGAUGGUAGCGAGCAAGAUGAUGGUGGCGAAGGAGGUGAUCCCACUGCUGACGCCGCACAAGAUGGGGCGGUUCGAGCUCUCACACCGGGUGGUGCUCGCGCCGCUCACGCGCUGCAGCUCCUAUGCCAACGUGCCACAGCCGCACGCCGCGGCGUACUACUCGCAGCGGGCCACCAGGGGCGGCCUCCUCAUCGCCGAGGCCACCGGCGUCUCCGCCACCGCGCAGGGGUACCCGGAGACACCCGGCAUCUGGACGCAGCAGCAGGUCGACGCCGUCCACCGCAAGGGCGCUCUCUUCUUCUGUCAGCUUUGGCACGUCGGGAGGGUCUCCACCAACGGUACAUUCCUUUCCUAA